GGGUAAGACACACAAUCUUGUUGGAGCGUCGGUCAUGGCCAGCACGACCAAGCCGUCGCCGCUCCGGCGCGAGGCCGAAGACCGCGUCCGCCUCCGGCGCGAGGAGCUCAAGAAGCUCUGCGUCGUGCAGGACGUCAAGAACCACGUGUCGCUCGCCAAGUACUUUCAGCGCGCCCACGUCAUGUACCGCCAGUGCCAGCUCUACGCCAUCCAGCGCGACUACGACCACGCGUACAUCUACCUCUGGCUCAUGGUCCUGCUCUUCCAGUACCGUAUCCCGCAGCAUCGCGAGUACCAUCAGACCAAGUACGCGGCCGAGAAGGCCCGAUUGAACGACGUAGCGCAUUGA